AUGGACAUUGAUCCACAUUUGCUCUUGUACGCGUUUCUGCCCGUCCUUCUGUUCGGAGACGCCAUGUCCAUUGUGUGGCAUGACUUCCGGCGGACGGCCCUCCAGUGCGCAGUGCUAGCAGGCCCUGGUGUCCUCAUCGGCACCGGACUGAUGUUUGUUGUGGCCCGGUAUGUCUUCCCUUAUGGCUGGAGUGACUUCGAAUGCGCAGCUUUCGCAAGCGUGCUUGCUGCUACAGAUCCUGUGGCUGUGGUUGGCCUCCUCAAGGAGAUGGGUGCCAGCCGGGUGCUGACUAUGCAAAUAGCUGGCGAGUCCUUGCUCAACGAUGGCGUAGCCAUUGUCGUAUGGCUGGUGUUCUUCGACUUCAUGAAAGGAGUAGAUGCCGAUGGCGGUACCAUCAUCGGCAGCUUUCUUCGCUUAGCUGCUGGCGGAACGGCCUUUGGCAUCCUUUGCGGAGUGGUGGGCGCACGUUGGAUGUCGCUCGCCUCUGACCGCCUCGUCCACACAGAUUCGUUGGUGCAGGUGGCUGUGACCAUCACUGUAGCUUACAUGGCCUUUUUCAUCGGAGAAAACGAGCUGCGUGUAAGCGGGGUGCUGGCGGCCAUUUUUGCAGCGUUGAUGAUGAGCAAGUUCGCGAAACCCCUGGUUUGCCACAAGGAUGGCAUGGAGGCGGUGUGGCACGCCAUGGAGUACUUUGGCAACACCAUACUGUUUGUGCUUUGCGGGCUCUUUGCAUACGAGUCUUGCAAGAAAGUCGCCUGGGAAGACUUCGGCUGGCUGAUCUUGCUGUACAUCCUUGCGAAUCUGGCCCGGGCUUUCAUGGUAGCACUGCUCUGGCCCAUUGUGAACAUGGUGGGUGGCUCAGAUGUCACGAGGACAACGUGGAAGGAAUGUGCUGUCCAAAGCCCAGAAGGAGUUGCUUUGCAUCUGAUGCCAUGCAAGCGUCACAGUGCACUGCGGUCUCGCCACACUUGCGCUUUGCCCAGCUUUGUUCAAGGGUUCUCGUGGAAGAGCUCCCCGGAAUGA